AUGCUCCGUAGGGACAUUGGAAGGAGCUUUAGGGCACUGGUGGUGCUGAUAUUGUGGUAUCAUCAGUUUAGGAUAGUUUACGGUGUUUUCAGUUUGGGAGCAGAAGUGUUCUGCUCAAGGAUACCUGGAUUAACUUCAAAACAAAGGGAAAUGUGCAGAUCAUCACCAGACGCAAUGGUAGCCAUAGGAGAUGGAAUCAGGAUGGCAACUGACGAAUGUAAAUAUCAGUUCAGACAUCAAAGAUGGAAUUGCAGUGGAAUCGAAAAUCCAGCUUCAUUCGGUCACGUGGUCAUUGUUGGAUCCAGAGAAGCAGCAUUCACUUACGCAAUAAGUAGUGCGGGAGUAACAUUCGCCAUUUCAGAAGCAUGUGCGAGAGGCAAUAUUUCUUCGUGUGGUUGUCAAAGUCUCUCCAGAACGCGAGAGCCAGCACCAAAUGGUUGGAAAUGGGGUGGAUGUAGUGUAGAUAUAGAUUUCGGAACGAAAUUUGCUAGACAAUUUAUGGACGCUAGGGAAUUUGAUGGCGACGAAAGAAGUUUGAUGAAUUUGCACAAUAAUAAGGCGGGGAGAAAGAUAAUCAAAUCAAGUAUUUUACUAGAAUGCAAAUGUCAUGGAGUUUCGGGAAGUUGUACAAUGAAAACUUGCUGGAAAACUUUACCAACUUUUCGCCAGGUUGGGGAUGCUUUAAUGGACAAAUAUUAUAGAGCAAGAACUGUCACAGCUGUACCUCAGCUAGCAAGUCCCAGGCAUAUUCAUACACGAAGAAAAAAGCAGCAACACUUAGUGAUGACCAAAGGAAAAAUUGCCAGUAAAAAAACGCCAAAGAAGGUCGAUUUAGUUUAUUUACAAAAUUCUCCAAAUUAUUGUGAACGAGAUUUGACUUCUGGCAGUUUAGGAACUGUUGGGAGGACUUGCAAUAGAACAUCAAAAGGUACAGAUGGAUGUAAAUACAUGUGCUGCGGCCGAGGGUACAACACGCACCAAUUCAUCAGAUCAACACAGUGCAGAUGCAAAUUUCAUUGGUGCUGUAGGGUCGAAUGUGAUACUUGUGUUGAAAAAUUCGAAGAAUACACUUGCAAGUAA